AUGUCGAAGGAUCCUUACAUAGACGUCAAACGAGAAGUAGAGAUCUCGCUCGCAAGCAUCCAGUCCCUCGCGAGAGAUCACCCUGAUCUGUAUAACCCUUCAACAUCAUCUUCUGCUGUACUGGAAGCUCAGGAAGAACUUCGGAAUACACUCAGCAUACUGGAACCAGAUGCGGAAGAUCUGGAAGAGAGCGUCCGGGUCGUAGAGGACAUGGGGGAACGAUGGGGGCUCAGCGCUGACGAGGUCUCCCGCCGACGGCAAUUCGUACAGAAAGUAAAGCUUGAAGUAGAUAUGCUGGUCAAGAAGCAAGACGAUACCUUGGGCCUGAUACAGGGUACCCUUCAUACCCUUGCAAGUCAAGCUGGCUUGAUGGGAAGCGAGGUAGAAGAGCAGAUGGGAAUGAUAGAUGAACUGAACAAUCAUGUGGAGCACACAGACUCCAGGUUACAAAAAGUGAGACGGACAAUGGAAGACUUCAUCAGGCGAAACGAAGAGACGAAGAGCGGCUGGUGUAUUGUCAUAUUGACCAUCAUCCUCGGUAUACUGCUCAUACUCGUCAUAUUGACAUGA